ACUCCUGAACUGUGAAUAGUUGAUUCGCAAGUAAUGUGCAGCAGAACCUUCACCGGUUUGUAGACAAUCAGACAAUUCUCUCUUUAUUCCAUUUCCUUGAAUAAACAUUUAGUUUCAAAGUGGAAUGGCAACUAGAUUGAAAACAUGCAGCGCCAAAGAUUGUAACAUUAGCCGGUCGACCAAUCCAAAUGCAUCGUUUUUUAAGUUUCCUCGAGAUAUUGACAGAUGUAAAGAAUGGGUUAAAAACUCUGGCAACGAAAAAUUGCUUUUAGUACCUAGUAAAAGAUUGAACGUAAGAAAAUUUUUGUGUGAACAUCACUUUGAGGAAAGCCAAUUUUUUGACAAGUUCCGACGACGCUUAAAACGGUCUGCCAUUCCUUCAAUUUUCUCGUGUACUCCUCUACCAGAUGAGGCAAUGUCUAAGUUUCCUGUACUAGACGAUUCAGAGCUACAUGGAUCAAAAAUUCUAGAGAAACCAAGUCGCAGGACUCUUAAAUCCUUCACUAACAAGUAUAAUACAUUUUCAUUGCCAUUUUCUAAAGAACCCAAAGAAUCAGUUAGCCUGCUUGAGGAGUUUCCAAAUUGUUUGGUGUCUACACCAGACGAAACAAUAAAUGAGGGCUAUCACACAGAUAAUCUCACAGUUACUGGUACUGAGGUUGAAGUCGGAGAGGAUGAUGACUGUCCUCCAUCUCUCAUUAAGAUUCCGUGUGAACCAUCAAUCAAUGGAAUGAAUUCUGUUGUGCCUGGUACUGGGUCUAUAACUUACAUUGAAGGACCUUGGUCGAAUUCUUUGCAGGAUGGAGACUCUUUGAAAAUUGAAGUUAUUAGUAUCCCCAGUGAUAUCUCCAAAGAUUACCCCAUCAGUGUGAUUUGUACCUCACCCGAAAAUUCGACUUCCUUCCCCUAACAAUAAUUGAAAUGGCAAAAUAUUGAUUUUCAAUUCUUGAUGAAGAUUAGACCACUGUUGUGUAAAGAGCUUUUUAGCUAGAGUCAACUUUUGAAAGUCAAUAAUUUGC